AUGAAGCUCAAACUCUCAGCAGCUAAGCCUGCGGAUCCAAACGCGCCGCCAUCAGUACCGCCUACACCUGCUGCUGCCACUCCCAGCACAGGCGGUUUCAAAUUGAAGAUCAAGAACUCGCAACCGCCAACUCCUCAGAAUGAAUCAACUCCCUCACAACCGCCACGUCCACCUCAGUCUGCCAUCCCGGCCGCCAUACCCAAAAAGAUCAAGAAGCCAAAGCAGCCCACCGACGAUGCCUCGAAGAAGCGAUCGGCUCAGGACGAUAUCUCUCCAGCUCCCAAACGACCCACUAUCAAUACACAACUCCCUCCUAAGAAGAAGUUCUCCCUUAAGCUCAGUAGUGGUGGUAAUCAAGAGUCGGCCGCGUCUACACCCACCUCCGCUCGCAUCAAACUGAGCGCAGGCGCCAGGAAACAAAGCUUUGGUCCCAAGUCAAUUUCUAUCGUAUCCAGGAAAUACGUACCCAAGCGUCCCGUCGGUGUUGGUUACGAUUCCGAGGCAAGCGACGCUGAAGACGACCCAGCUAUCGAGCACCAAUGGAUCUUACGCAUGGAACCUGGUCCGGACUGCGAAUAUCUGCGUGAAGCUAUCGCAAAUAAGACUUUGGGUGAGAAGCCAGAAGCAGGCGGCGCCUAUGUCAAUCUCAAGUUUCUGGACAAGGACUUGCGACGCGCUCUUGUUACCGUCAACAAGACCAAUUAUGCUGCUGUCAUGGUCGAUCUACCAACCAUCGUCGAAGGAAUGAAGAGUUGGGACAAAAGAGGAUGGUGGAAGGUCGCCGACAUUUGCCAAAUGCUGCUAGUCUUGGGAACCACCGACAGUGAGACGACAGCCAAAAACCAUCCUCUACCACGCGAAGUCAACAAGAGCACAUUUGCAUAUGCCCAUGGCUUGACACCGCCGAUGCACUGGGUUCGUAAGAGACGUUUCAGACAACGAGCUAGUUACAAGUCUGUUGAACAUGUUGAUGAUGAGGUGGAACGUCUCAUAAAAGCCGACGAACUGGUUGAAAAGGCAGGGGGUACUGUGACAUAUAACAUUAUCGAUCACGAUGCUCCCGAUCCGCAAGCUCAAGGCGACCAAGAAGAAUACUACGACGAAGACGAGCCAGCCGAUUACAGAACGACAGUCGAGGAUGCAUUCGGUCAGGCCUACACUACAGAACCCAUGCAAGAGGAAGAUGACGACGAAGAUCUAGAAGGCAUGCUUGGUGCUGCUUUGUUCGACGAAGAUAUGACCGACGCGCCACCCUUACCUGCAGCCGAUGCGGCCGCCGAGAUGGGAGCCGUCCAGACAGCCAUGGCAGAAGCCGAACCAGAAACCGAAGCACCAACACCAGCAGCAUCUGCCGAAACCCCCGCACCAGCGCAAGAAGGCUCUAGCGAUGAAGACGACGAUUCCGAAGAAUCCGACGAGGACGAAGAUGAAGGUCCCGAUACCAUCGACGAGGAGUUGGUCGCAGAACAAGCGGUGCAAGCUCAAGUACGCGAGGAGAUUGAGGACCUGGAGAAGGAGGUUGCGAAUGCGCGCGCUAACGUCGAGCGCUCCAUGAACCCCAUGCUCAGGCAACGCAACAUCAACAAGCUACAGAGUCUGGAGAGCGAACUCGCCAUGAAACGUAGAAACUUUGGCAUGGAAGUCGAUGAAGACGAUGAAGAUAAUGGGGAGUGA